AUGGCUGUUGACUUUAACUCUGCCCCUGAAAAUGAUCAAUCAUAUCACUCACAAAUCUCAACCGAAAAGCCCAACUGUCCGGCUAGUGCAUGCGGCUCUUGGCAACCCCGGAUCGCCAUUCUCCCACACGACAUCACUGAUUCCACACCAGAUACCCAGACCGAACUCAUCUCCACCAUGGCUGAGAAUCCUUUGACGUCAUUUAUCAAAUUAGCCCCCUCGGUCUAUCUCCAGGACCCUUCCAGCCCAAGCGACAAGGCGGAUCGCCCAUAUGUAGUCGAAUACAGACGCUUAGUACCAUCCGCGCGAAUUAUCUUUGUCCGAAGUUCAUCGAAUGACUUCCUCUGGCGCCUAAGGACCCAAACUCGGAGAGCCCGUAUCGUCCCAGCCGUGGAAGCAAUGCGCGACCUAGUGGCCCCUGAGAACCCAGUAUUUGUGCACUUCUUCUCAAACGGAGGCAUGUCCAACACCACGCAUCUAUUACACGCCUGGAAAGAUGCGACGGGCACCCCGUUGCCAAUCUCAGCGAUGAUCCUUGAUAGCGCACCGGGCAGCCCAAGCCUACGAUCGGGACUCAAGGCUUUCUCCUUUGCGCUGCCUCAGAUGUGGAUCUUGCGGCUGCUUGGCAAGAGCUUGCUUUUCGCCUUCUUGGUUCUCUUCAAGUUGAUACAGUCCUUUUCCAUGAUUUCGGAUCCGAUCUCCCUUGCCCGCAAGGUCAUCAAUGAUACCUCUUUGGUGCAGGCGGCUAACGCAGAGGGGGCUCUCAAGCGCUGCUAUAUCUACUCCGAUACAGAUGACUUAGUCCACGCGGGCGAUGUGGAAUCUCAUGCCCUAGAUGCCGAGGCCAAACGUUGGAUAGUACGCCGUGAGAUGUUCAAGGGCUCCCCGCAUGUUGGGCAUAUGAGAGCCGACCCCGAUCGAUACUGGGGUGUUGUUCAAGAAUACUUGGGGGCUUGGGUGUCGGCAUAA